UCAAUAUUUUUUUUCUCCGUGACAGUGUGUCAAGUAAAACAUUGUAAUACUUUAAAUAAUAAUCUAUAUCUAUGUUUUUUACGAAUUUUUAAUUGUAUAUAUUUAAUAUUUAUUACUUGUUACCACGACUGUUCGAAGCAAGCGUAUAUAAUCGUCUGUCACUCAAACAUUUUAAUAAAUUUCAAUAUAACCAACAAGAAUAUGGUCAUCUGUGUAAGAAAAGUAGUUGUACCAUUAUCACGAUCGAUUAUAACAAAUUUUCGAGUAAUUCGUCGAAUGAAUACAGCGAUAAAAACUGAUUCUGUAAAGUCCUUGUUUUAUAAGGAAUACGGAGAACCUGUAGAUGUUUUACAUAUUACAACACAAACCAUCAAUCAACCAGAAAGCAAUCAAGUUUCGGUAAAAUGGUUGUUAGCACCUGUUAAUCCUGCAGAUAUUAAUACGAUACAAGGUAAAUAUCCAAGUAAACCACCCUUACCAGCUAUACCAGGUAACGAAGGAGUAGGCGAAGUAAUAGCUGUUGGACCUAAUGUGAAGGAUUUAAGUGUUGGUGACAGAGUUAUCCCGAACGGUGUUAAUUUAGGAACAUGGAGAACCCAUGCGAAUUACAAGUCGGAAGAACUUAUGAAGGUUCCAAAAGAUGUUGGCACUAUCGAAGCUAGUAUGUUAAAUGUCAAUCCAUGUACCGCUUAUAGAAUGCUUAAAGAUUUUGUGGCAUUAGGACCUGGGGAUACCGUGAUUCAGAACGGUGGAAACUCUGCAGUUGGACAAAUGGUUAUACAGUUAUGUAAAGCAUGGAAUUUUAAAUCCGUUAAUGUUGUCAGAGAUAGACCAAACAUAACAGAAUUGAAGAAUUAUUUAAUUAAUUUGGGCGCGGACGAAGUAUUUACCGAAGAUGAAAUAAGAAAGACACAAAUUUUUAAAAAUAAAAAGUUACCCCCACCGAAACUAGCUCUUAAUUGUAUAUGUGGACAAAAUGCAUUAGAAAUCAUGCGUCAUUUAUCGCAUGGUGGUAUUAUGGUAACUUAUGGUGGCAUGUCUAGAGAACCUAUAACAGUUCCUACUUCUGCACUUAUUUUCAAGGAUAUUACCUUAAAAGGAUUUUGGAUGACAGCAUGGACAAAAGCAAAUAUGAAUUCUAAAGAGCGGGAAAAUAUGUUUACUCAACUAGGAAUAUUAUUCAGAGAUAAAAAAAUGAAAGCUCCACCGCAUAAAUUAGUUCCAUUUUGUCAGUAUCAGGAAGCUGUUAUAAAUGCACUUAAUAUGAAUGGUCGAAUUGGGGUAAAGUAUAUUUUGGAUAUGACAAAAUCUUAAAUUUCCUUUCCUAAGGAAUAAAAACCUAAUAACUUCUUAAAAUGCCUAUUGCAUUACUUACAUAUUUAGUAACUUUCUCAGCAAGAUAUUGACGUCGCAAUUUAGAGAAUAUCUAUUUUAUAAUGCAAAGUAUUUCGUUAAAAGAGAUUAAUUCAAAUUAUAAUUAAUUAAUAUUUUCAUUACAAUUCACGACAAAUAUUCGAUACAUAGUAAAUUUACGUAAAUUAUUAUGAAAAUAAUUGCAAGACAAAUAAUUAUAUUUAAUAAAUAUCAAUGAUUAAUCGAUGAAUUUUUAUAUAUAAAAUAGAUUCCUUUGUUUUAUAAAGAAUAAAUUUGUGUAUUAUAAAACAUUGUAUUAUAAUGUACAAGCCAUUUACCUAUAAUUGUAAAGAAAAUGUAUAAGAAUAUUUUGUUUAUUUGUUACGGAAUUGUUGCGGUGUAAUUUACAAAUAAAUUAAAAAAGAAAAGUU